GUAUAUAAAAUAUAUAUGUGAAGUAUACACAGAAAGUUUGGUAUAGGUAUAGAUAUAGAUAUAUUGAAGGUUUGCUGUGGAUAAAAGUAAAGCGAGGGUAGGGUUCCGUUGGAAUGGCUGUCGGAGUGUGUGUAGAGCGUCGAGUCAGUUGGUGUAGAGACUCCAUGGAGAGCACUCGCUGUUGUCUAAUGUCACUCAAUAUCUCUUCAAUGUCAAUUACUGUCUUCUACUUUGGUCAAUUGUACCAUUCGCGCUUGACAUUGACACACUGAUAGCUACUCGGAUAAGUGAAUAUAAGCAACUAACUUUAACAGCGAAUACGGCGCGAGACUUGUUAAUACAAUUUUUAUCCUACGAAAUAAUUAAAAUUGCAAUGAUGGCGUACGAUUAUCCUUAUCCAGUAUCCAGGACUCAUCAGUACAAAAAGAUUACGAAGCCAAUGUUGGAGCGAAAAAGGCGCGCACGGAUUAAUCGAUGUUUGGAAGAAUUGAAAGAUCUUAUGGUUGAUGCUUUAGAGACUGAAGGAGAAAAUAUAAGUAAAUUGGAAAAAGCAGACAUUCUUGAACUUACUGUACGGUACCUCCAGCGGCUCCAAGCUUCCAGAGCGUCAGGAACAUCAACACCCUCCGAAGAAACAUUAGCAGAGAGUCGCUGGCAAUCAGGUUUUGGACAAUGUGCCGCCGAGGCAUGCAAAUAUCUCGCUUCACUUCCAGGAGAGUCUGGUGAAAAACUGGCUCGUCAUUUGGCCUCAGGACUCCAUUCAAAACGGAAAAUUGGUACUCCCAUCUUGCAAGCGCCAGACUCGACUCUUCCGAUUGUCAACCAAGAUGUUAUUAAUUGUAAAGUUGAUCCGCAGUUUUCGUGGGAAUCUUCGUCAACAUCAUCGGUGAAUUCGAUUGCUCCUAGACACACUUCUUCACCAGUUAACUCUUUGCCAAAUUCAUUGCCCGAAAACUGGGAUGAAUCUAAUAAUAAUAAUACUAAUACUAAUAUUAAUAACAAUAAUAGCAAUAAUAAUAAUAAUUUUACAAAAAAAGAUAAAUUACCAAUAAGUUCUCAGCCAUCAGUUGAAAAAGAACACUCACAAAAAUCAGAAUUAGUAAUUGACAAUACAAAUCGUGAUAUUUUAAUAAAUAAGACUGUGAUUGUAAAAGAAAUUAAUACCGAUGAUGAGGAAGAUGAUGAAGAGAUUGAAAUAGAUGUCGAGAAAAUCGAUGACACGGAUCACAUGUGGAGGCCUUGGUAAUUUUAAUCAAUAACAAAUACUUGAAUUAAUUAUUAAUUAGUUACAACUUCGUUACAUUUGACACAUUUUACAUUAUAUUUCAAUAUUAUUAUAUUUUAUUA